UGCGGGCGGCCCCCCGGGGGCGCGGCACCGGCGGCGGCUCCCCGGCCCGGGCGGGCGGCGGCGGCAGCGGGGCCGGGGGGGCCUUUCGCGCCGGGGCCGCGGCUGCCGGGGGCCGCGCCGCACGCUCCCGCCCUCCGCCCGCCGUCGGCCGGGCGCCGAGCGGAGCCUCCGCCUCCGCCUCCCCGCGGCGGUCUCCCCCGCGGCGGGGCCGCCGCCGCCGCCCCGCAUGGCCAGAGCCAGCCGGCCGGGGCGGGCCGCGCCGCAGCAGCCCCCCGGCCCCGCGGGCGAGGGGCGUCGGGCUGAGGGCGGGCGGGCGAGAGCGGCGGCCCCGGGGCGCCUCCGCCAGCCGGCCGGGCAGCCCCGCCGGGGGAUGACUCAGAGCCGCGGCCCCUGCAGCGAAGCCGCCGCCGCGCCGGGCUCCGCGCCGCGCCGCCCCAUGCCCGCGCCCCCCGCCGGGGGCCGCCCGCCGCCCGCCGCGCCCGCAGCGCCGCGCACCGGAUGAUGCCCCCGCGGGGGGCGGCGGGCUCCUGCCGCCGGCGGCGCCUGGCGCCCCUCAACGAGGACAACGGGCGGUUCCUGCUGCUGGCCGCCCUCAUCGCGGCGUACCUGAGCGCCGGCGCCACCGUCUUCUCGGCCCUCGAGAGCCCGUCGGAGGCGGCGGCGCAGCUCCGCUGGAACCGGACCCUGCACAACUUCAGCCGCAUCUUCAACAUCAGCCUGCCGGAGCUGCGCGUCUUCCUGCGGAGCUACGAGGCGGCCAUGGCCGCGGGCAUCCGCGUCGACGCCCUGCGGCCGCGCUGGGAUUUCCCCGGCGCCUUCUACUUCGUGGGCACCGUCGUCUCCACCAUAGGUUUUGGAAUGACCACACCAGCAACCGUGGCUGGCAAAGUAUUCCUCAUCGUUUAUGGCCUUUUUGGGUGUGCCGGGACGAUCCUUUUCUUCAACCUCUUCUUGGAGCGCAUUAUCUCUCUGCUGGCGUUCAUCAUGAAGGCGUGCCAUGAGAGACAGCUGCGAAGAAGUGGUCUCCUACCUCCCAACUUCCGAAGGGGGCCAGCUGUGUCUGGGGUGGGCAGCCUGGUGGGGUGGAAGCCAUCCGUUUACCACGUGAUGCUGAUCCUGGGCAUUUUUGCUAUUACCCUUUCCUGCUGCGCCUCUGCCAUGUAUACAGCCGUGGAAGGAUGGAACUACGUUGACUCCUUGUACUAUUGCUUUGUCACCUUCAGCACCAUCGGCUUUGGAGAUUUGGUAAGCAGUCAAAAUGCUGCAUACCAAAAUCAGGGAUUAUACAGAUUCGGAAACUUCGUAUUUAUAUUAAUGGGGGUAUGUUGCAUAUACUCUCUUUUUAAUGUCAUCUCAAUCGUAAUCAAGCAAGUUUUGAACUGGGUGUUGAAAAAAUUCGAAUGCAGAUGUUGCCCAAAGUGCCAUAAAUCAAGUGCCCGCCUCGGACGUCGCAACGCCAUCACCCCAGGAGCCCGCCUGCGGCGACAUAACAUCUCGAUGGAUGCUGACAGACAGUACGACAGCGACACCGAGGGGAGGAGGCUCUCCGGAGAGAUGAUCUCCAUGCGGGAGCUUACGGCAUCCAAUAAAGUCUCCCUGGCCAUUUUGCAAAAGCAGCUGUCCGAGACGGCCAACGGCUACCCCAGGAAUGUUUGUAUCAAUACGAGACAAAACGGUUUCUCCGCUGGGGUGGGUGCUCUAGCCAUCAUGAACAACCGCUUGGCAGAAACGAGUGAUUCUAGGUAGAGUUUUUGAAAUUCCUUUUGUUUCUUUAAUAAAAAUAAAGUGGUGGUUAGA